AUGAAACCUAAAAUCGCUCUAGCGUGGCCUUUUAUUUUGUAUAUUUGCUAUGCGGUGAAAACUGACCCUACAAAUAAAAGUUUAAAAAGCAUUGUAAUAAAAAAUAAUGAAGAUUUUAAAUCGAUUUGCAAUGAACAUAAGUGCCUACCAAAAUGUUGCAACGAGACCGAUUACAUUGGGGAGAAGAAAAAAUGCGUUCCGUACAAAGGCAAUCUUGAUUUUUCAAAUGUUACCAUUUAUACAGAUGAUAUUUAUGAAACAGGAAAGUCUUUGCGAGAUUUGUUUUAUCUCGUACCUGGAAAAUUUAGUAACAAAACGUUUAAAGAGGUCGCUUUUGAUAUGACGAGGUGGGGACUAAAUAAUUACUUAACUGAGGAUGGAAUUGUAUAUUUGGAAACACCGAACGCAUUUCGAAGGUGGACUCCUUUAGACACACACCACUUUUGUGUAGAACAUCAGCGACCAUUAACCGGAAAGGGUACACCUGAGGCUAAGUUCUUCGUGGUACUCGACGACGAAUAUGUGCCGGAAAGCAAUGGGUUCUUUACAGCCGCCCUUCUCAUCUCCUGCGUGUUUUUGGCUCUUACGUUGCUUGUAUAUGCACUGUUGCCCGAAUUGAGAAAUCUCUGCGGUAUGGUUCUAAUGGCCUAUGUCGCCAGUCAGUUCGGUGCCUUCCUUGUAUUGGCUGUCAUCCAAAUCGGUCUCCAUCCUGUCAGCGUUUGCCUGGGAUUAACUUUCUGCGCUUAUUUUUUCUUCUUAUCAAGCUUCUGCUGGAUGAACGUGAUGUCAAUUGAUAUUUGGUGGACUUUUAGAGGCUAUGCCAAGGCACGUCCGAUUCACCGGCGAGGCGAAACAUUCAAAUUCCUUAUGUAUUGUUCAUAUGCUUGGGGGUUGCCUCUUGCUAUGUCUAUUGCACUGGCUAUUCUAAACGAAAUUGAUGUCUCACACUUGCCAUGGUUGAUAACACCGAAGAUACCGAGGCAAGGAUGUUUUCUAGAAGGUGGAGAAAAGCUGUUAUACCUUUAUGUACCAAUGCUGAUUCUAAUUAUGUGCAACUGGAUUUUCUUCCUAAUGACUGCAUUUAACAUAUGGCGCCUAAGUCGAGGCACGGCCGUGCUAUAUUCGGCUGCUGGUAGCAUGCCAGCCGCCCAUCGUCUUCAAAGACACAGAUUUUUGGUGUACCUGAAGUUAUCAGUAAUCAUGGGCAUUAACUGGGUACUGGAAGUUGUCAGUUCAUUGAAGCCUCAACUACAAAUUUGGUAUUUCACAGAUGCAUACAAUCUUUUAAUUGGUCUAGCAAUUUUUAUUAUAUUUGUCUGCAAGAGGAAAAUCAAUCUCCAGCUUCAAAGAAAGUUCAGGAACUGCAGUAUGUCGAAAGGAUUUGCCUCUAGUACACGAAGUCAGAACGCUAGUAGUACAAUGGAGUCCAAUUUAAGCCGCGACGCCACGAAAAUCAGCCUUAAUCCACAAGACGAAUACAAAUGA